UGCGCACACCUUCGUUUGAUUUUCUCUCCCUGUUUUCGCCCUCGUCUUUCCGGCCUUCUGCGGCGCGGCUUUCCAGUCCGCCUGCCGAGGAGCACGCUCGAGAUCGGCGAGGAGGAGGGGAGCGCCGGCUUCCCCAGCUUCUUCAAGCUUCGUCCGUGGCACUUGCCGGUAAUCUCUCUGCGAGAAACCCCUGCGUUCCUCGUUCGGCGGCCCAAGUCUCCGAAAGGCGUGCAACGCUCUCGUGUGUGGCCGCUCAGCCCCUCGUGCCUGCGUGUGCAUGCGGCCGGCGUGACUUCAAAAAAGCCAGCAAAAACGAAGUCUGUACCGGCACCAGGAACCGAUGCUCGCCGCGAAAGUGCUCCCAAAUGGCUUUUCCGAACGCCAGCGUUUCUCGGCUGUCUUUCGACUCUGUCUUCUCUUGCAAGGAACCGCGCACCGACGUAGCGCUCUUUGCAGGUUCACGCUGGGCUCCGCAGCGCCUGUGGUUCCCGACAGUUUCUCUGUGCGUUUAGCCGGCCUUUCGCUGCGUUGAAGCCCCCCGGGACGCGUCUUCAUCGACGCGAUUUCUGUGCGCUUCCUCGACCUCUACGGCGCGGGGUGAAAGGCCGCCUACCGCGGUGUCGUCGCACUCAACACCCCGGCUGAGAGGCGGCAAGGAACCGCGGGUUUCUGCGCGAAUUCUCGCUGAAAUUCUUGUGCGGAUCCGUUCCGUUUUCAGUGGAAAGCGCAGGCACGGCUCAGGUGCCCCUGCGCGGCCGCUGGCACAGCCUGCCACCCGCUAGAAAACGCACACUUGGCCUGACGGAGAGCGCCUUCACGCUUCUUGCCGUCGGAAACUCGGAUGUUUGCAUGUAUGUACACCUGAACUUGCCGCGGCCUCUGCCUGCCCGCGGGAGGUGUUGUCUCAGGUGUACGUACACCCGAAGAGACAGGCCGCUUCAGACUCGUUCCUCUGCAACCGUCGUAGGUGGGCUUCGUCCGACGGCGGUGAAGGAGUUUCUCUGCGUUUCUUUUCCGGCUCUGGCCUUUCGUAUCGUCCGCUUUCUCUUCUGGAUGGGUGGCCGCCUAUAGGUUUUGUGUCGUUUUGCGGCGCGUCUCUGCGGUGUACCAAUCGGAUUUCUCUGUCUUGGUUUCCCUUCGCUGCCGAUCCGCUCCUCCCACUCGGCGGCUGACUGUCUGGGCCCAUUCCUUCUCUAGACUCUUCCUGUCUUCUUUCGCUUUUUGCUUUCGAGGCGAGAGUCCCUUGACACAUGCGUCGACGAUUCUGUCUCCUCGUGGUCGAGUCCCGCCGUCUUGUUUCUUCGCCAGGCGUCCGGUUUCUCGAGCCGCGCGCAGUGCUGGCCAGCAAAUCGACGAAGGGCUACAAUCUUCUCAGACCGCCUUCUAUGCAGGUGCCUUCUUGACCUUCGCCCGGUCCCGCCUUUCCCCAGUGCCUCUCUCCCGAGGGUCUCUGUACAUACAGCCGAGCUCGCGGAUGUGCGGCGCUCGCCGUCUCGCCGUUCGAAGGCGCGUGCGAGCUCUUUUCUCGGACUGGCUGCUUCGCGAAUUCUCUCUCGACAACGAGACGCACAGGCGCAUCCGUGUCGAGGACUCCCCGCUUUGUUGCUCCUGUGCUUGCAGAAAGAUCGCGGAGGCGGGUGUGUCGCGCGGAAGCAGACGGCGGUUCUGCUGGGGGCUGGGAGGCAGUCUGCACGGUGCGAUACUCGAUGGCAGGAAGCAGUGGACCCGUGCAUGCAUCGAUACAAGCUGCGAACAGAGACUUGCUAGCGCAAAUGGAAGAGUAAGGCAGGUACAAACCGUUCUGCGUCCAGGCUUGUCGCUAUCGAUUCUCGCUCGAAACCCAACCAGGUGUCUACGCGCGAGGUUCCAGAGCGCUGCAUGCUCGCCUCGUUCCUGCCGGCUCUCGGGCGACUGCCGAGCCACGAAGCUGAGAACCUUCUUGGGCAGAGACUGCGGUGUCGUUACACUCCAAACUCGUUGAUCAAGGCACUGGGCAAUUUUGUCUCUCCACACACCGCCCCCGGGCGUCUGCCUCGCGGCCUCCAUGCGGGGCCCGUGAGCGCGCGCUGCCAUCAUGAGGGUCAUCGAGGCGUACAGACACCAGGUGGGCGGCCACUCGCGGUUGAUGAAGCCGAAGGACUCCUCCAAGGUGUACAAGCCACUCAUAGAAAACGAGUAUUGCUUUUACGAGAAGCUCGCAGCUUUGGGUGCGUCCAACGCAGAGUCCGGCCCUCUCCAUAUCCUCAAAAAAUUCGUCCCCCACUACUACGGCGUCACUGAACUUUGUCUUCGAGCAGAGUUCCAGAGGGUUGAGGAACCUGCCUGCGCCGCCCCCGCUGCUGUACCCGACAGCAGUGAACUCAUCGCUUCUUCCUCCUCUUCGUCUUCUUCCGCGUCUUCUUCCGCGUCUUCUUCUCUCUUGUCUUCGCCGUCGUCUUCUUCCUCUUCUUCCUUGCCCUCUUCUGCGGCUCGUUGCCCAGGCGAGGCGACUGUCGGGGAUGUAAGAGAGCCGCUAGAAGGAAGGGGAGGCGCGGGUGAGGCAAGCCCAGGUGAAACGGAAGAGAGAAGAAGGCGAGAAGAGGAUGGAACGCGUCACGCGUCGCCUGUCGAGAAAGCGAGAGAAAAAGAUGGAUUUUGCGCGGGGCCUUCCGCCGCGCUGUGGGGUGGCAGUGACCCCAAUGUCGGAGGUAGCUUCGGCAGCAAAGAGGAGCAUAAAGGGAGGCGCUCUUCUGUAGAGGCGUCUCUGUCGACCUCUUCGGACCUCUUCACACUCUCCCGCAAGUUUCCAGAGAGUUCUGCCGAGGACGGCCGAGCUACGGUGCAUGCAGGUACGGAAGAGCGGUGCAUCGGGACCCCUCGAACCUUCGAGAGCGUCCAACACUGGUCCCUGACUGCCCCAGGUCCGUCGCGACCGUCUGAGUCCCCCGUUCGCCUCAAUGAAGGUCAUGAAUUGCUUCUCGUGUCUCAACCGGUACCCUCUUCUUCGUCGUCGGCAUCUUCUUCCUCUUCCUCAUCGUCAUCUUCUUCUUCCUCACUUUCCUCUUCAUCGUCAUCGUCAUCGUCGUCGUCGACGGGAGGUGGGGGCCGCGGGCCGGCAGUGAGUGAGAAGCUGCGGCACAUUGUGCUGGAGGACUUGGUCUACGGCUUCAAGAAGCCUUGCGUGCUGGACAUCAAGAUGGGGAAGCGCCAGCGGAAGGUCGGCGCGUCGCCCGAGAAGGAGAAGAGACAGCUCGAGAAGAGCCUCAAGACCACCAGCCACGAACUGGGCUUCCGGCUCUGCGGCUGUCAGUUCUACAACAAGAAGUCUGACACGCUGUGCUACCGCGAUAAGUACUGGGGCAGAAAACUGACAAAAGAGAGAGUGCCGAAUGCGAUCCGGCAGUGGUUCUGGAAUGGGUGCACGCUGUACGUGGAGCUGAUCCCCGUUCUGCUGGAAAAACUCGACAUGUUCUACACCUGCGUCUCCCAGCUGAAGCACUAUCGGUUCUGGUCGUCGUCGCUGCUCUGGGUCUACGACGGCGGCCUUAACGACCCGGAAGAGAGAAAGAAUUCCCUCGACAUUCGCAUGAUCGAUUUCGCAAACACCAUCUACCUCAGAGAUAACCCAGCACCGGACGAAGAGUACUUGUUUGGGCUUCGAAAUCUCAUGGACGGCUUGCAUGCGCUCCUGGCGUCCGCAACAGCGGCUCCUCUCCCAGCCCCGGGUGUGUAUACACCUGGGCUGCUGUCCGGGUCAGCGCAGCCGCUUCCGGGCGGGGGCUCGAAGCCUGCGGUUUGUCAGUUGCCUCCAGCCGUCGCAGCGGGCCCUUCCGCGCAGGCUGUCGGACUUAGCGACAGCGCAGGAGCACCGCGGGAGGGGCGAGAAGGAGACGCCGAGCUGCGGUGUCUAGACUCCGCGGAAGGCCCGCGCGCGGCGAAGGCUCUCCGGGGCACCUCGGGGGCGGGUCGCACGCCGCGGCGGAUGUCUGAGGAGUUGGAGAGUUCGUCGGGGCACCAGCGCGAAGAGGGUUUGUUUCGUCCUCGAAACAUUAGCGAUUCCCGCACAUGCAGCAGCAGGCGCGUGGAGAUUUUAGAUUCGCGGAUCUCGGAGCCUCGAGAAGAAGAAAAGACAGAGAAAGCCAGCAAACGAAGGCUUCUCCAGACGGGAGAGGCGCAGUUCUUCUCCGCACCGAAACUGCCUCGUAACGGGGACUCUGCGGUGUCUGAACAUCCGGACGAAGAAGGACGAACGGUCUCGAAAGAGACGAGGAACCCAGAGGGUUUACGUUUAACGCAACCGGGCCGCGCGACGGUCCAGACGUCUGAGAAGGCCUACAGGAGUCGCGCCCAGUUUUUGGCGGCCGAGGCCGCCGGUACACCUGAAGGCCUGUCAGGUGUAUGUACAGCCCGCGAACAGGAGCCGGCCGAAGGGGGUCGCGUCCUCAGAAGCGGAGAUGCACAUGACUACUCUCCUCGCUCCGCGCCUGCCCACGUCGACAUGGACCGCAGGCGGCGGCAAGAGGGCGAGAAAUGGCUUGACUCCAGCGACAGCGCGUCUAACUUCGAAUCUGCAGUUUCAAGGAAACGGCUUCUGUCGAAGCGCGGACAUCCUUGUUUCUCAGAUGUCCACCCCUCCCCUCCUCAAGAACAGUUGCGCUCGCAUGCAUCGCGUGCAGCGCAUGCAGAGUCUUCCUCGGGGCCCGACAGCGCGUCGGAGCUCCCCGUCUGUACCGUGGUGGAGAAGGUUCGAGGCCCCCGCUCCACCGCUCCGACCGUUGAACCGGAGGCAGAGACGAGCGUUCUCCCCGCGCCGCCUUGUGUUUCGCCACCGCUGCCUUUGCCCUCGCCCCCGCCCUCGCCUCCUCAUCUCCCCAGGACGACUGUGCGAUGCAUGCACCUUUCGCUCAGAGGCGCGGCGGCAUGCCCCUCCAGCGUCUCUGGACACCCGACCCCACGAGAAGAGAAGCGGCUGGCGCCCCCCCGUGGGCGAAAAAUGGCCUUCCGAGAGGACUCGGCGGGAGACGCCGCACUUAUCUCUUCCAGGGACAGGCGCCGGCUGGGCCUUGGAGGGACGCGGAAGCUUCGACGCUCCGCCUCGAUCGAGGAGACACGAGGCCCGGCCUCUCGUGCAAGGCAGCCGCGGCCGGGAGACAAGGUUGAAGGAGACGAAGGUAUCGGGCGCGACCGGUCGAAGGCCGCGAAAACGCGACGCCGAAUCUGCCGGCGCGCGGCAGUGGAGAGCCUGCGCGAGGAGACACACAGGCCCGCAAGCAGGAGAGAGAAAGGCGACUCUCUUGGCCUCUUUGCGGGGAAGCUGGAAGCACCGACAGACUUCAUGUCCAGCGCGACGUCCACGCAAGGUGUCAACAGGACCACGAUGGAGGUCGAGACGCUCCCAGGCGAGGCGGAGACCGGACGGACGCACGAGGAGACACUGCAAGAAGACACCGAAACCGGCGUGGACAGCGCCGAGAGGGAGGGGCAAAAUCCUGAUCGUUCAGUCGGGGAAAUGCACGCCGAUCCGUGGGGGGGAAAGGCGUCAGAACUUCCGGUGCCCGCGGCUCCAGCGGAAGAUGACGAGGGACCGAAGUCGCCAGGGGUCAGUCCACUGCAUGCGCGCCUUGCAGGGCCUCCAGCCAAGAUGUCACUUUCGCUAAGACGCGGCUCCUCCGCCUCAGAGACGUCGGGGAGGGAUGCGGUGUCUGGACACCUGGUCGGAUCUGAUCACUUGGCCGCGGUUCGCCUUUCCUCGAGUGAUGCGUUUGGCGUCGGCGACGCUGACAGUUUCGUGUGUCUUCCAGAAGCAUCUUCUUCGAUGUCUGUCGCCGCCUCCUGUCCGUCUCCUUCCAAGGCUGAAUGUGCUACUUCUUCUUCCUCUCCUUCCUCUUCGUCGUCUUCCUCGGCUGCUUCUUGCUCUGCCUCUGUUUCCUCUACUUUUGCUCCCGGUCAUCCCUCAUUUGCAGCAGUUUCUGUCUCUUCUUCUGUCGCGCCCCCGCUGGCUUUUUCACCUGGCGCCGUGCAUGCGCCUGUGGAACGCAGAGACGCGGCGGCGCCUGUGUCUGCCCUUGUGGGGGAGGGCGAGGCUCCUGCUUCGUCCGUCUCGCACCUGUCUCCGGUGUCUCCAUCGUUCUCCGGGAGGGUGUCGCCGUUCGCCCUGUGCGGACGCAGGCUCUUCUCCCUUUUGGAGCGACAUGCCGAGGACGGGAGGCCUCUGUCCCCUCGAGGAGACACCGGUGCGUCGAAGGGUGGGCGGGAGGCUUCUUCAACAGACGCAGAAGGAGAGAGACAGCCAGAAGCGAGAGACGAGCUUGUACAUGGAGACGCGGGGCGAGAAGAGACACACAUACUUCUCAAGAAGGAAGAAAGAAUGCGAGAGAAGAUCACAGAAGAACGAGACCGGUCGCCGGAGGCCCGCGAGCGGUGGGGGACGCCAGGCAGGCAGGGAGAAGGGGCGACUGCGGCUUCGGCGGAGGACAGCCGGAGGGACAAGGAUGCGUGGAAAUCCAGGAAUUCAGGCGACUAUGUGGGAGAGGCAAAGGAGAAAAAAACUCGUGACGGAGACCGAAAAGAAGAUCAGAAUGCGAGCGACGAUGCGGGUGAGAAGAGACACGUAAAAGGGACACCGAACACUGCAGGGGAGAACAGAAGAGAGGGAGACGAAAGAGAAGAGAGACGCACAGUCGGAGACGGGGCUCGGAGACAACAAAUGGAGACACGAGCAGGGCUACCGAGCAGGGAAGAAGGACUGGUGGCGCGCGUGACGGAGAGAGAGGAAACAGGGAUUGAUGACCAAGCGCUGGAGCGGAACUCCAAGGAGAGGAAACAAGCGUGCGAGGGAAAAAGUGGAGAGGGACUUACAAAGGUUGCCAGAGGGGCGAAUGGAGCGACGCUUUUCGGGGACAAAGAGACACUUCAGGAAGGAAGAGAAAAGGAGACAAGAACUGCAUCCACUCAGACUGAGGCUUUCGGAAGUGCGGUGCACGAUAACGGUGACGCGGGAAGCCUCCGUCUCGGAGAGAAGGUCGAGAACGGGAGCGAGUCUGUCGACAUUAAGGGUGACGAGGGCGAAGCCAGAGAGGUUGAAUCAGAGAGAAGUCCACAGUUCCAAUUGAGGGCAGAAACCGAGGCGAAAGGAGUCGACAGCCAAGUCUCCUAUCACGAAAGGGCCCAGGCGAGCAGCGCCGGGGACACUCUGCAGAACGCAGCUGCAUGCACUCCCGUAAAAGACCAAGGAGAGCAAAGAGACAGACCCUCCGCCUCACGCCUGGUUACUCCCGAGACCGAAAUACGGAGACAAGUAGAACGAGGAGAAAGCGCGGGAAGAGAAGACAAAGGAAGAGAAGAAAACGAAGAUAAAAAAGACAGAGAAGACUUGCGAAGAGGAAGAAGAGGGAAGGAAGUCGUCUUCGGAGACGGGAAAGAGACGAAGGAACACGAGGCCGUAAGGCGACGAGACGACAGGCGCCUUCAUGAAGAGAAGAAGGAACUGGAGAGUCAGCGUCGCGAAUCUCCGCGUUUAUCCCCCUCAGUGCCCGUUCGUGGAGGGCCGUCUCACGAGUCGAACUCACCGCGUCAGGUCGCGUUUCCUCUUGUGCCUGCUACACUUUCUCCCGCGCUCUCGCCUUCUCUCUCUCCGUCGCUUCCGCCUUUCUUCCUCUCGGCCCCGCUCGCCACUUGUCCCGCCUCUUCGCCCCUCACCGCGGCGCCCGUGGGCGUCGCUCUCUCCCGGCGUCUCCCUUCCUCAGAACUGCAUCCGGAGCUCCCAGUGGGGCUGCAUGCGCUUGGCGAGGGCGACGCUUCGUCUCGCGAAACGAGGAACGACGAAUGUCCCUUCGUCCCCACUGCCUUCUUUAGGCGGUCGCUGUCAGCUCCAAAUCUGCGGCGACUGAACGACGGGCACCCGGCUUCGGUGUCCUUCUGCGACUGGAUGGGUUUCCCCGCAGUUCUCUACGCGGUGAAGGCGCACCACCGACACUGGCUGCAGUCUUUUCUCGGCUAUCUCACUGACUCAGAAUUGUCGGAGUCUUCGGACUUCGACAGCGACUCUGAGAGCGACGAAGACGGAUUCCUCGACGCCAGGGAGGCGCGGGAGGAAGAUCUCGCGGGCGCCGCCGAGGUGGCUGUGGAGACGACGGCCGGGGAGGCAGGCGCCUUCUCCUCGCCGGGGUCUGAGGGGGACCGGCGAAGAGACCAGCAGAGAGGCGCGACAGAUGCCGAGUUCUCGUCUUCCUUCUCCUCGGGAGACGAAGACGAGGCCCUCUUCCCGCGAGCCGCUGCCUCCCAUGACGACACCGGCUACGACGCUGGCGACGACGUUGCGAAGGCCCACGGCAAGGCUGCGCCCGUCGCGCAGAAGACCAGGUGCACGUACGCCGCGUCGGGUGUAUGUACAGCGCAAAAGACGCGCCAUCGCCAGGGGCGCAGUCUGCGCGCUUUUGUGUCGAGUAGCGACAGCGAGGACGAGCGACGCCUGCCUUCCGGUAGCGACCUGAGUGGGGGGUUUGGAGGCUUCAGACGACUUCAGAGGCCCGGGCCGUCGAGGAGACCCGCGGCGGCCGACGCAGGCCAGAGACGCGGCCGCCGACAGAGGGGCGAGGCGCGGUGCAGGCGCGGGGACAGUUCUGAACUCUCGCGACAGAGUUCUCUCGGCAGCAGUGAAGAGACGCCGCUCGCACGCGUAUCGGACGAACAGGAUGAGGAUCGAGAAGCAGAGGGACAGGGACGCGCCGCACCCGCGGGGCGAUCGAGAGGGCCGGAGUCGCGGGGGGAGGACCCGCAGCGCGCCGAGGGCGAUGGGCGACACGACGGUUUGAAAGAGAGGCAGCUGGGCCAGCGAACGCCUCUCGCUGAGGAGAAAGACAGAGGGGAAGAAGGGAGUUUGCAGGAGUCGAGGGAUUCGGGGGGCAAAGAACCGCGUCGCGCUUGUCGAGGGGAAAGGCGAGAGAAACGAGGGGGCCCUGGUGCUUCAUCGGACUCGCGCGGGGAUCGCGGUCGCCUUGGGCGCGAACAGGCCAGGUUGCGGAGACGGGCGGACGCAAGCCGAGAGGAGCCGGGGAGGAGGGGAGAGUCUGAAGGAGGAACGCGAACCGAAGGAGAGAACAAGGUGCCAGGAGAGCGGAGCCACGGACAGAACUCCUGGGAGGAGACGCGCUGUGACGGCCGAGAAACAGCGUCGCGCGGGAGGAACGAGCCAUCCUUUGAGACCCGUCGCUUCGCCGUAGAUCCCCGACUCGUAUCCUCGCCCUCGCGCUGGUGGAUGUACACCUCAACGCCUUGGCUGCGACCCUCGAGUCCAAGUCACGGGGUGCAUGCGCCUGGUUUUUUCUGUUCGAGAGUCGCGCCAUUUCUCUCCUCGGCUCGCCGCCACUUGACACUCUUGCCUCUUCGUCGUUUGUUCUCUCCGACUGCGUUCGCGGGUCUUGGAACUCAACGUCCCAUCGCGUUCUCGGUCUCUCCGCCGUCCGUGCCUCAGGCGCAUGCAGGGCCGCACGAGUAUCCUCUGUUCCUCCCCGUUCCUUCGUUCGCGUUCCCCGAAGGCUCCGCCCGUUCACGGCACUCAGGCGAAGAGACAGCUGUCGACAUGAGUCGAGCAGGUGACUCAGCGGCUCGCGAGCAGCUCUCUCCUGCCCUCUCUUCUUCGCCUUUUCCGCUUUUCGAGUUCGCUGAGAACACCGCUACAGGCGCCACCUCGGGCGACAAAAAGCCUCCGAAUUUCACCUUCCGGUUCCUGCCCCAGGGAGCUCACGGAGCUCAGGACUCCACGGAUCCGCGGCCUGGAGGCCCCGGCGACGCCGGCGACUGCGGGGUCAGGUUGAGCAGACGCGUGAGGAGGCGACGGCGGGACGGCGCCCGGAGACAGCACGGGAGACUGCGAGGCCGCGAGGCUGCGCGUGUGAAGGCUUAUCGCCAGCCUCUGGUGGGGUCGCUGCCCCCUGUUCCACGGAGACACUCUGUCUCCUCUUUCCCCCAUGAGGUCCUUUUGUCCUCGGCAGCCGUCCCUGCGGACCCAUUCGCCGUCGCCUUCGACCCUCGCUUUCCUGCGGAGCCCGGACUCUCCUAUUGGCUUUCGCCUCUUGCAGCUGCAACUCCGACGUCUCCGGAAACGCAUGGGGGCGCCUCGCGACUGUUCGCAGAGACCGUUCGCGCGAGCGAGACAGGAAAGGCAAGCGGAGACAAGCAAGUCGAGCCGAGGGAGCGUGGAACGCCCGUGGCUUCGCAGGCCGCGGCCGAAGCUCCCAGACCAGCGUCUUGUUGCGCCAACCUUUCAAGGACCAGUUGGAGAGAUGGAGAGAAGGAGCCAGACGAGGCACUGAGAUCGGAGAAGUCCACAGAGAUCAGGAAAACGGACCAAGGCGGAGGGGUUGGGGGAAGCUGCGCGUCGAGAGUUCCUCGUUUGGAAACGAGCACUCAGCCCUCUGAGAGAGACGCAGCUGUCGCCUCUGUGGGGUGGCCGGCUCUGGCCCUGGGAGUCGACUCGCUUAGAGUUGGCUUGGGAUUCGGACUCGGCGUGCGACAGGAGACGGCAGUGAAUGCAGCGCGCGAGCAGGUCUGGGCGGAUCCAGGAGACAGCCAAGGGCUUUCGUGUGGGGUGGGCCUUCCUUCCUCGACAGAGGCGGACGACAAACGGGAGGCAGGCGUCUACGAUGUGUAGCACACAGUAAACGGGCAGACAGAGAUGGCGAAGGCGGAACUUGAAACAGAUUUCGCGAGGAGGAAUAUCCGUUCCAAGAGUCUUCCUUUCAUUUCUCUUCCAUGUAACGUGCUCUCUCUGUGAAGCAUGGCGCGCUUGGCGACGGCCGUCUCAAGAGUCUCGUAACGGUUUCUGUACCCUGUCGCAUGCUCUCACGCUAGAGAAAGGAGUCGACGUCGACGACGUUUGAAGGGCAAUGCGGGACAAGAGCUCAGGGUGAACUCAGCGAGGAAGAGGCGCAUGCAGCGAUGAGGUCACAGGCAGAUUGUCUGGGUUUCGGCGCGAGGCUCCUUCUGCUCUGGGGAUCGGACGCCACGAUGCAUGCAGUUCAGGCAAAGCGAGAGAGGAAACAAGAAAUGGACUUUUGCAGGGAAGACAUGCACCAAGAGAAGAUCUCUCACGUAGAGCAUCUCGGAUCCCCGUGUGCAGAGAAUUCGCUUUUAGGCGACAGGCCUCAUAAAGCUGCCGCCAGACCAGACGCGGGGCGAGGGAUAGAGUGAGAAGAGGGCAGAGGAUGAAGGAAGAGGUUUUUUCUGGAACGGAGAGGAAGGAGACAGGGAGGGAAUUCCAGACAUGCAUUCUGUAAAUGCAAACAGCCACGGGGGGGGGGGGGGGGGGGAGAAACGCUGUCGAGGGGAAGUCGGAAAAAGUUGACGUGCGAAAUCGCCGAUGAAGACGAGAGACUUUAUCGAGAGGAGCCUUCGCCACACAGAGGGGAAGGCCGUUUUGACUUUCUGUAGGGUGUCUGUGAGAUGCGCCUACUCUUCCGGUGGAGGUUCACUGAACGUCCUGUAGAGAGAAGACUCUGCACUCCGCUGCCGUUCUUUUGAGUUUCGAUAAAACGCGGACAGCCAGUGGCUUGUACAGUUUAACUUGCUUCUGACGUACACUCUGGCAGGAUCGAAAUCCAUCUGAGAACUCGAUUGUCUCGGCUUCCACGCUAGUGUGAGAGGCCCUGCAUGCAUUCAGCUGCUUCGCUCUGGCGACGCGGUUUCGCGACCAAGAGUGCGACGCAUGCGCUCUCUCUGUAUGUAUUUUACAAACGUCCUCUCAAUGUCCUUGGGGGAGGCUCCGCGUUGUGCCCGCGAAAACGGGGAGUCGCCUUCCGUGGUGCAGUCGAGGCUAUACGGAUAUUUUAUAAAAACAUGCAGUGAAGACAAUCUGUGUUUUUAUGUAAACAAUCAUCGUUUCGGUCGAAGUGUCUCACACUGUGGCCGACGUACCAUCCAGGUUUCUACUUUCGUCUCUCUCCUGCCUUGGGUUCCUCUUUCUUGUCCGUCUCUCCAUCUUUCUCCCGUCUCUCGUUCUCUUUCUCUUUUUCUCUGUGCUUCGUUUGUGUCUUCUGGCCGUCUUUCUGAGUCGAAGGGGAGAAAGAGAUUCUGUUGUUUCUCCGUCACUUCUCCCUCUUCUCCCGAAAGAGUCUCACAUCGUCAGAGAACCAUUUAGUAUCCAGCAUUACAGAAUACCAUGUACUUUCCAGCCUCACAGAAAACCAUGUACUUUCCAGCCUUACAGAAAACCAUGUACUUCUUGGGUUUCAUUAUCACAGCGCCGCCGUCUAUUUCGUGGCUGUUUUGCCUGCACUCACUGCAUGCAUCUAUACACGAUCACUUAGACUUGAGUGUCUCCG